UCCUCACUCUGAUUAAAUAUUGUAGAAUUCUAUUAAAAACAGUUGUUUGUGUGGGACAGUUAUGUUGGCUUGUCUGAUCUGGAGAGGUAUAGGUAGGAAGGGAGGCAUAGUCUGUGGAUUUCAAAACUGGCUACUGUUUUUGGAGAGCUUGAGUUUACUUUCUAGUAAGGUUUUGAGGGAUCAUGUGUGACUGUAGGAAAAAAAAAAUUAGAAUUCCUAUCUUUUAAACACUACAAGAUUAUGAUGGAACAAUGGGAUGUUUUUAGAAAUUGAAUUUAGAAAUUCUGACCUGUUAUUUUAAGGGAGGUGAUUUGUGAGUGCUUUCUUCCUAUCAAGUGAGCAGUACCUACAAGCAUGCAUCUCAUCUGGCUGAACAGAUGGUGUUCAUCACAGCAUCUCCCUUAAAUUCUAUUCUCUUGUGCCUUGGAAUUGCAUUUUCUUAGAGUAAGGCCAAGAAAAUGAAAACUCUAAAAUUAUACCCUCCCACCCCCAAAUUUAAAGAUUAUGCCUCCCAAGGGUAGAACAUGAUGCUAAAUCAACUGGUAGCCAUUAGUCAGUUAGGUGAUAAUGCACUGUAAAUGAGGUUCUAUUUUUUUUGUUGUUUGUUUGUUUGUUUAAAAAAAGACUCAAAAGGGGCUAGCUGUAUACAACAAAACCCAACAGACAGAUAAUAGUAGUGGCUAUGUUCUUAAUGUAAAAGCCUCCAGAAUGAAUAAUAUAUAGAAUGCAACUGACUGGUUAUAUGGCGGUAGGCUGGAGGAGGCGGGAAUUUCCUAUUUCCUCUUAUUUCAGCCAAGGUAAAUAAUCUGAUCACAGAAUGCCCUUUAAACUUGGAACUCAGGAGGUUCUGAGGGGAACAGUGUUCGAUUAGUUUAAAUUGUUCCAUAAGCUUGUUGCCUGGUUUCACUGUAAAAUGAUAAAUUCUGUCCUCUUUACUGAUGUAAAGUAUGCCAAAUAGAAGUAGAAUUCUGCAAGUCUAGUGUUAGGGUAUUUGGAGAACUAAAAUAAAUGAAAAUAGUGUUUUUGGUGAAAUAACUUGUUACAAAAUACCAUGGACAGUAAGGCAUUUGUGAAUACCUUUGAAAAUCCAGUUAAUUAUUUACAAAAGUAGUACUUCGGGAGUUUUCACAGGCAGUGGAAACUGUUGAUGGAGACAGAAAUGAAGAUGAGAUUUAAAAGCUGUUUUUUCUUCCUCGUUACGAUGUAUUCAGGCAAACUCUUUGCAGAAGAUAAACCUUGUGAUUUGCCUCAUAUAGAAAAUGGAAAGAUUGCGCAGUACUAUUAUAACUUCAGAAGUCACUAUUUCCCUAUGCGUAAGGAAAAAAAACUUUCCUAUUCUUGUAUGGUUGGUUAUACAACUGAAACUGGGACUCAAGAUGGAAGAAUAACUUGUACAGCAAGAGGAUGGUCUCCAGUGCCACAGUGCUACAAAAAAUGUAACAAGCCUCUUUUGGAAAAUGGCUUUUAUUACGGUACAGAAAUGUACUUCAAAAUACAUGAGAAACUGCAAUACAAAUGUAAUCCAGGCUACCACACUCCAAGCGGUGGUACUGAAGAUACAGUACAAUGUCAGCCAGAAGGAUGGUCCUCCCAGCCAAGCUGUACUAAAAAAUUUGAGUCAUGUCAAGUACCCAAUUUACAUCAUGGCAGCUACUUCACAGCCCAACAGGAGCUUCGACUGAAUGAAACACUGCUAUACAAAUGUGAUGAGGGAUAUCAUGCUGCAGGAGGAAAUGCUAUAGAAGAAGCAGUGUGUCUAACACAUGGGUGGUCCCUUACUCCAAACUGCACUAAAAUAACUUGCUCCUCUUUGAGUGCAAUAGCACAUGGAGGUUUCUAUCCUGUGAAGAAAAUCUAUGAAGAGGGAGAUGUAGUUCACUUUUUCUGUGAGGAAAAUUACUCUGUCAGUGAAUUUGACCUAAUUCAAUGUUAUUAUUUUGGAUGGUAUCCAGACCCUCCGGUGUGUGAAGAUGUAAAAAAUAAAUGUCCACCACCACCGCUUCCUCCUCAUGCCCAUAUCAUCACAGUUAGAAGAACGUAUCGUAAUGGAGACAAAGUUCGUAUACAGUGUCAAAGUACCUUUGAUAUACAAGGAUCUGAGGAAAUCCAGUGUGAAAAAGGAAAAUGGACAUCACCCCCUAUUUGUAUUGGAACUAUGGAUAAACAAGAAUCUGAGGCACUACCGUCACUCGAGGCAGAUGCAGCAAUAAGGGCAAGCAAAACGUAUCGCAAUGAAGAUAUCAAAACGCAGCAAGACUGUACCUCUCCACCUGUGAUUAAAAAUGGUGUUUUUCUUGGUCCAUUAUUGACAAGUUACAAAAAUGGUUCCUCAGUAGAGUAUGGUUGUCAGCGUUACCAUUUUUUGGAUGGACCUAGUACUGUUUACUGCGAACAAGGAAACUGGACAGAACAACCAACUUGCUUAGAACCAUGCACUCUUAAUGUAGCUGAUAUGAACAGCAACAACAUAGAGUUGAAAUGGAGACACGAAGAAUUAAUUUUCCUACAUGGUGAUCUCAUAGAGUUCGAAUGUAAACAGGGAUACAAUUUUCUCCAGACUACCAUGCCAUCUCCUGGGAGGACACAGUGUAACCACGGCAGACUGAAAUAUCCCAGAUGCAUUAUGGAAGCUCCUACAGAAAAAUGUGACUCUCCACCUUCUAUUGCGAAUGGAGCUCUUACUCUCCCACCCCUGAGCCAGUAUGACAGUGGUUCUUCAGUUCAGUAUAGUUGCUCUGACUAUCAUUUUUUGCAAGGAUCUGAGAGAAUCUACUGUUCUGAAGGACAGUGGACUUCACCACCAGUUUGUAUAGAGCCAUGUGCUUUGUCAAAAAAUGAAAUGGAGAAGAAUAAUGUGCUGCUGCAAGGGUUCUAUGAGAAUCAAGUUUACUUUUACCAUGGGGAUUAUGUUGGAUUUUACUGUAAACAGAACCAUUUUGGAGCAGAAUCUGGUACAACUUUAUUUCAAGUGCAGUGUAAAAGAGGACAGCUGACAUAUCCAAGGUGUGUUGAAAGAAGAAAAUAA